GGCAGGCAAAAUCACCGAGACGGGAUGGGUUAGCCAGGCGGGGAUAGAAGCUUACAGUGCCGAAGGAUCCCAGUCCACAGCCCCGUGAGAAACCUGCGAACAGGUUUAAGGUCAGAUGACUGAUUCAAGCCAGUCACUCGAACAGUGUUUAAAUAGUGGAAGCGUUAGGAGUUGUGCCGUGAGUAUUUGUUCUCCGUGUAGCACGUGGUCUGUACUUGUAGGUCAGUGUUUAAGUGUUGCAUCAGUGUUGACAGAGUCUAGCACCAAUACAGAAGGGGCGUCACCUCACGCACCGGGCGUCCGGAGACCUGAGGAGUGAUUGAGGGGAACCAGACGAGAACUGCGCACGAGCCGAGAACGUGUGAGUGUGUGUGUGGCUGCAGGUUACGGAAACUAUCGUCUUUACAGGUGGGAGAAGAAAUUCUGACGAUGGAGAAGGGAUGUGUAUUGAGUAAGGCGUCGGCGGUCCUUCUCGGAGUGUUCUUCGUCGUUGUCGUCGUGGCUGUCGGGCUUCUUGCGGGGCUAGUCGGCAGGGAGACUUGCGAAGUUGAGAGGGACGGUGAAGCUGACGCCGUUGUCGUGCCGACUACCGGCGCGGCCACCCCCACCCCCUACCCGCCCGGCCCUUGGGACAAUGUCCGCCUGCCCCUAACACUCCUCCCUGAGCAUUACGACCUGUACCUGAAAAUCGAUCUGGAGAAUUUCGUCUUCAGCGGCAACGUGGAUAUCCGGAUGCUCUGUAACACCAGCGCGACUGAGAUCAUCAUCCACAGUAACAAACUGAACAUCAGCAAAGUCAGGUUCACUGACAGCGACAACACGCAGAGGGACGUCACUGAUUUCUGGUUCCACACGGAGAACCAGUUUCUGGUGGUGCCCACAGGGAAGGCACUCACGGUGGGGCAGAUGUACGGCCUGUACGUGGAGUUUGUCGGGCCCCUGAUGGACGACCUCGCCGGCCUGUACCUCAGUCAAUACGCCGGGCCUGAUGGCAACCCAAGAUACUUGGCCACCACCCAGAUGCAACCGACGGACGCUAGGAAAGCAUUCCCAUGUUUUGACGAGCCGGCGUUCAAGGCUAACUUCACCACCACGAUCCAACAUAAGUCAGGACUGAGCGCUCUCAGCAACAUGCCAAUCGACAGGAACAUAACCAACACACCUGAAGCUGGCUGGACAACUGCGCAUUUCCAGCCUACAGUGCGCAUGCCCACAUACCUCCUGGCCUUUAUCGUCUGCGACUUCGGCUACAUCGAGUUGACAACAGCCAAUGGCGUCACGCUGCGAGUGUGGGGGCGGAAAGAGGCCAUCGACAGCGGCGCGGCGGCCUACGCGCUGGACAUCGGGAACAGAUCCCUUACCUACCUGGAGGAUUAUUAUGACGUCACAUACCCACUUCCCAAAUCUGACAUGGUUGCAGUACCAGAUUUCUCCGCCGGCGCCAUGGAAAACUGGGGUUUGAUCAUCUACCGCGAGACGGCGCUGCUGUACGACCCUACCACGGAUGCCCAGUCCAACAAGAAGCGGGUUGCCACCGUCGUUGUGCACGAACUCGCUCAUCAGAAAGACCAGUUCGUGGUUGAUGACCUGCAGUCGGUAUUCCAGCCGGACGGACUCGGCAACUCCCACCCCAUCUACGUGCCUGUCAAUCAUCCCGACGAGAUCAGCGAGAUCUUUGACGCCAUCUCGUAUGCCAAGGGAGGUUCGUUGAUCUACAUGAUGGUGGACUUCCUCGGUGAGGACACAUUCAGGAAAGGACUAACGCUGUACCUGAAUGCCUUGGCCUACAGCAAUGCCUUCCAUGAUGACCUGUGGCACUAUUUGACAGAGGGAGCAAAGCUUGACGGCAAAGAUGUCGGCCUGCCCGGAGGGAACGUAAAGACUGUGAUGGACACAUGGACUCUGCAGAUGGGCUACCCUGUCAUCAGCGUCGUCGCAAACGGAAACCAGUAUGACGUCACUCAGAAGCACUUCCUGUUCGACUACACCGCAAACGUCACCGACAAAUAUGGCGACUUGGGAUACAAAUGGUAUGCUCCACUGACAUAUUCACAAGGCACAGCCAACUUGGACAAUCCACUGACGCAAUGGAUGACUCCAGAUGACGACACAUUAACCCUUCAAGGUGUCACCCCAAAUACUGACUGGAUCGUGGUAAACAUCGACCAGAAGAACUACUACAGAGUUAACUACGACUCCGACAACUGGGAUAAACUUAAGACAGCACUGAUGACAGACCACACGGUUUUUAAGAAAACGGACAGGGCUGGACUGAUCGACAACGCUUUCAGUUUUGCACGAUCCGGAGACCUGAACAUCACAGUAGCGCUGGACAUGACGAAGUACCUGGAAAACGAGCUGGACUAUGUCCCGUGGGACGCCGCUGUGGGCAGCCUGGCCUAUCUUACUGUCAUGCUGGAGAGGUCCAAGGUCUACGGCAUGUUUAAGGAUUACUAUCUGACACGAGUCCAGAACCUGUACGACAAUUAUGGCUGGGCAGACCAGGGGGAUAACCAACUCAACAUAUUUGCACAAGUCACAGCUAUUGGCCGGUACUGUCGCCUUGGCAACGAGACGUGUAUUGACGAGGCGAAGAGGCAGUUUAACCAGUGGAAGUCUGAGGCUGACCCUGACAACAACAACCCUAUUAAAGCGGACUUCAAGACCACCGUGUACUGUAACGCAGUCCGGUACGGGAAGGUGGAGGACUAUGACUUUGUGUGGGACAGGUACAGGAUGUCUACCAACGCCGCAGAGCAGUCCAAACUUCUGCUCGGUCUCGGCUGUAACAGGGAGCCAUGGGUACUCAGCAGACACCUGGACCGGUGCCUGAACUCUAAGGAAGUCCGUCGGCAGGACGCUCGGACGUGUAUCCAGUACGUCAUGCAGAACGAGUACGGGCGGUCUCUGGGAUGGGACUUCGUCAGGGCGAAGUGGACGGAUCUACAGACUACACUUGGUGGUUUUUCCUCGCUCUCUCGUCUCAUCGCGAGCGCCACAGACGCCUUCAACACCGAGUUCCAACUUCAGGAGCUGAUUGAAUUUGCCGAAAAACAUCCUGACGCCGGUUCGGCCACCAGGGCCAUCGAACAGGCCAUAGAGAGGACCAAGACCAACAUCAGGUGGAUGAACGACAACGAGGAGGUCAUCUACAACUGGCUACUUCAGAACAUGUAACAAACAGGUGUAUCAUGUUUCAUCUACCACUGGCUACUUCAGAACAUGUAACAAACAGGUGUAUCAUGCUACAUUUACCAUUGGCUACUUCAGAACAUUUAACAAACAGGUGUAUCAUGUUUCAUCUACCACUGGCUACUACAGAACAUGUAACAAACAGGCUAUCAUUUACCGCUGGCUACUUCAGAACAUGUAACAAACAGGUGUAUCAUGCUACAUCUACCACUGGCUACUACAGAACAUGUAAUAAACAGCUGUAUCAUGUUACAUCUACGAGUGGCUACUUCAGACUAUGUAACAAACAGAGGUGUAUCAUCUACAACUGGCUACUUCAGAACAUGUAACAAACAGGUGUAUCAUGUUACAUCUACGAUUGGCUACUUCAAAACAUUUAACAAACAUGCGUAUCAUGUUACAUCUACCACUGGCUACUAAAGAACAUGUAACAAACAGAUGUAUCAUGUUACAUCUACAACUGACUACUUUAAGACAUGUUACAAACAGGUGUAUCAUGUUACAUCUACAACUGACUACUUUAAGACAUGUUACAAACAGGUGUAUCAUGUUACAUCUACCACUGGCUACUUUAGAACACGUAACAAACAGGUGUAUCAUGUUACAUCUAGAACAUGUAACAAACAGGUUGUCAUUUACUACUGGCUACUUCAGAACAUGUAACAAACAGGUUGUCAUUUACUACUGGCUACUUCAGAACAUGUAACAUGUAACAAACAGGUUAUCAUCUACCACUGGCUACUUCAGAACAUGUAACAAACAGGUGUAUCAUGUUACAUCUAGAGCACGUAACAAACAGGUUGUCAUUUACUACUGGCUACUUCAGAAUUUCUAACAAACAGGUUAUCAUUUACUACUGGCUACUUCAGAACAUGUAACAAACAGGUUAUCAUUUACUACUGGCUACUUCAGAACAUGUAACAAACAGGUUAUCAUUUACUACUGGCUACUUCAGAACAUGUAACAAACAGGUGUAUCAUGUUACAUCUAGAUCUACGAUUGGCUACUACAGAACAUCUAAAAUUAGCAGUUUCAUAACAUGUCACACAUCUGGUUACUUGAAUAGUUAGCUGUAUUGUGAUGAAAUGAAAUUCUUGAUAAUUGUGUUGUGUUGUUUUUUUCAAUUUCGUAGUCUUCACUAUUCUUUCUUAUACUUUGAAGUAAAAGUCAUAAUUUGAAAAUGUUGUUGUACAUAAUGUAUAAUGUCCUAAUGUGAAGAAUAGUAGCUCUCUAUGUAGCUGGACAUUUCAACAGCAGAAAGAGUUUAUAUUUACAGUGUGUCUUUACAUAAAUUUCUGUUCUUCAACUGUAUACGUGCAUGUAUACGUGAAUAAUUUCAUAGGGUUAAAGAAUUACAGGAUAUCAAGAUUCAUUAUUCAUAACCAAGACAUAAUGCCACAGCCGACUUUUCAGUGACCGUCUUUCACCUUCCUCAUGGCAAUGUGAACCAGUCAGAAAUGCCCUGAGGAAGGUGACAGGCGGCCACCGAAACAAACGUAGAUUGUAAGUAAAUUGGUUUUUAAUAGAUAGCAUUGUUUUCCUGUUCGAUGUGCUGAUAAGAAAUGUGUGGAGAUUCUGACAUUUUCGAUAGUAUUAGGUUUUGUUUCACAUAGUCCUAAUUGUAGACAUGACAGCAUAGUGUAGGUCUUCGGUAAGUAGGUCAUAGCUCGUUUUACUUACCUUCCAUCCAAUCAACCACAAUUGAAUACACAUCUUCAAAUCGUUUUUGAAUUAUUGUAUAACGCACAACGAAUUACCAUUUUAAUACCUGUUAACUUUCUGCAGUGUGGAAGCUGUACUAGGCAGUAUUGGUCAUUGGUUUUAUGAUGAUUUAGUUUCAAGUGCAAUCUUGUGGAAUGAAUCCGUUGAUGUAGAUGACCGCAAGUAUGCAACGUCAAAAUCUGUGUGAGUUCAAUAAAACAAUUGCCUUCAUUCAG